UACCCAUCUUAACUUUUUAUUUUUCUUAUUUUAUAUCUUUUACUUUGUUAUUAUUCCUUUAAAAUACUAAUUCAAAUGUUAUUAAAGUCUACAACUCAACGACCUGUGCGUAUCGGAUGUUAUUCUGCAUUUUGGGGUGAUUCCACUGCUGCUGCUGCUCAAUUAGUGAAACAUGAAGGAUCAAAUCUUGAUUAUCUUGUAGCCGAUUAUCUUGCUGAAGUGACAAUGGGUAUUUUAGCAGCUCGACGCCAACGACGUAUUAUGCAAGGCAAAGAAAAGGGUAUCGAUUUUAUCAACGAAUUCAUUAGUUUAGUGUUACGACCACAAUUAUCUGCUUUGAUCAAGAACGGUACCAAAGUAGUAACGAAUGCUGGAGGAUUGGAUCCUGUUGGUUGCAAAGAAGCCAUCGAAGCACUUUUGGUCAAGAUGAAUAUUCAAGGUAUCAAGGUAGCAGCUGUUUAUGGUGAUGAUUUACUUGCUGAUAAAGAAUCACCCACAUUGGAAAGCUUCAAAGAAAUUCAUUCAUUCUCCACCGUCUCACCUGUUGAUCAUACCAAGGAUGCUGAUCGUAUGCCAACUAAUGAUGAACCUAUUCUAUCCAUGAAUGCAUAUUUGGGUGCUACUGCAGUAGCGGCAGCUUUGGAUCAAGGUGCUCAUAUUGUUGUCACUGGUCGUGUUGUUGAUUCUGCUCUUGUGGUAGGUCCUUUGAUGCAUGAAUACCAAUGGAAACCCAGCCAAUCCAAUUAUUAUGAUUUGUUGGCCUCUGCGUCUUUGGCGGGACAUAUCAUCGAAUGUGGAUGUCAUGCUACUGGUGGUAAUUUUACUGAUUGGCGGCAAGCUGCUUUCUCUCCUUAUGGUGGUUAUAGUAAUAUGGGUUAUCCUAUUGUGGAAUUCGAUCAUCAUGGUGAAUUUAUUGUUACCAAACCUGAACAAACUGGUGGUGUGGUAUCUAUUGGCACUGUGUCGGAACAAAUUUUAUAUGAAAUCUUGGACCCUGCUCUUUAUCUAUUACCUGAUGUUAUCUUGGAUAUGCGUCAAGUAUCUCUUAGUCAAGUAGGAAACAAUCGUAUUCUAGUCAAAGGUGCAAAAGGUUUUCAACCAUCUCCUUGGUUGAAAUGUUCUGGUACCUUUUUGGAUGGAUGGAAACUUUCUGGUGAAUUAUUAAUCGGUGGUGCUGAAGCAAAAGAAAAAGCAAUUGCAGUCGGUCAAGCUAUUCAUAAACGUGUGGAUGGUAUGCUCAAAGAACGUGGUAUGGCACCUUUACGAGACUAUAACAUGGAAGCCCUUGGUACUGAAUCAAUCUUUGGCGCUAAUGGCAAAUGUGCUGAUACCCGAGAAGUGGUGUUACGUCUCACUGGACAUCAUGAUGAUACAGCCGCUUUGGGAUUAUUCGCUAUGGAAGUGAUUCCGUCUGCUACUUGUAUGGCUCCUGGUAUUACUGGUGGUGGUGCUGGGCGUCCUAAGCCUGUUCCUAAUAUGGUCCAUUUCCCUUGUUUGGUGCCCAAGGCGGAUAUUCGAACCAAGUUGAUGGUAGGUACUGGAACUCAUCAAACUUUAGAAUGGGAUGCUUGGGAUGAAAACGCAAGUUUUGCUAUACCUCCUACUGUAUCUAGUAUUCCUGAACCUGAUAUCAAGAUUCCUUUGGUCAAGACAAAGUUGAUUCAUUUGGCUUAUGGACGAAGUGGUGAUAAAGGAGAUGUGUCAAAUAUUGGUAAGUCUUCUUGUCAUGAAUUAAAAUAGGUAUUAUUGCUCGACGUCCGGAAUACUUGCCUUAUAUCAAGCGAUCUUUGACGGAGAAAGUGAUGGCGGAUUAUAUGAAGCACUUGUGCAAGGGCUCAGUGACAAGAUUUGAACUACCUGGAUUACACGCAUUGAAUUUUGUGCUUACUCAUUCCUUAGGUGGAGGUGGACUAAGCUCCAUGGU